GAUAUUUCAACAUUGCCAUCCUAGCUCUGAUUUCUUAAUUCUUGCCCCAUAGCAUUCUCUUCUCUAUCAUCUUGCUGUACCUCCAUCCUCAGUUCCUCCAACAGAAGUUGCUUGAGAGGAGGAGCCUGACCUCUGAAUGUUUCUGGCUUCUUGAACAAGCAGAAUCUUCCAGAAGCAGAACCAUGCUACUUUAGUGAAGAUGGGGGCAAGGAAGUUUCACUCACUAGGUUCAGCUCAGCUAUUAUUCAAAAACAUCAAAUCUGUAUAUUACAACAACUGCAAUGAAACUGUCACCCUGCCAUGCCACGUUAAUAACAUACAGUCAGAUGACACUAGGGAGCUUUUUGUAAAAUGGAAAUUUAAAGGAAAAAUUAUUUUCACCUUUGAUGGACCUAGGAACAAAUCCAUUCCAGACAGUGGCUUUUCAACUGCAAAAAUCAAUAUCCAGGAAUUAUUAAAAGGAGAUGGCUCUUUGCAAAUGGAUAAGGCUGAUGCUAAAUUAGGAAACUACACAUGUGAAAUAACAGAAUUAACCAGAGAAGGAGAAACAGUGGUAGAACUAAAAUACCAUUCUGAAUAUAAAACAGAAGAUGAACAUAGGAUAAUUGUUAGCAGAAGCUUGGGAGACCUCAGGGCAGCAUGGAAAGGUUGA